UUUUCCUCUCAGCCUCUUUGAAGAAGCAAUGAGGAGCAGGCAGCCGUCGCCCCGCUGACUCCAGGACUGGUCUGGGAUGCAGUGACAGCCGUUUGUUUUCCGCUGGGAUCAUAUUUGUAUAUUUCUCGGGAAAACAAACAAUACGUUGCGGAUUUGGCAGAUCCAUCAAUCGGAUGCAAGCAGAGCCAGGCCCAACUUCACAAUGGGCCCAUUACCCCUGUGUGUCCUGCUCCCGGUGACGGUGCUGGCUGUGGUGUUGGCUGUUACUGCCGAAGAGAACGCAGUCGAAGAUGACUAUACCUGGCCGCAGUGGAAGGUGCCUCUGGUAAGAAAAAGACGCACCGUGCCUCUCAGCAGCCCAAAAUUCUCAGCCCGUCCUCAGACAGAGCUGAGUGGGACCUGUGGGAUUAAGUGUCAGCUUCGCGUGCCUGCUUCGUCUCUGGAGGACCUGGAGCAAUUCCUGUCCUACGAGACGGUUUAUGAGAACGGUACACGCACGUAUACCUCAGUUUCUGUGCAGGGCCUCAAUGAGGUGACUGCCUGGUCCAGAAAUGUCUCAUCUAGCUCCCGCCACAAACGAGAGGUGUACGGCACAGACACCCGCUUCACCAUCUCUGAUAAGCAGUAUUCCACCAAAUAUCCCUUCUCCACCUCGGUGAAGAUCUCCACAGGAUGCUCUGGGGUUCUUGUGUCACCUAAACAUGUGCUGACCGCUGCCCACUGCAUCCAUGACGGCAAGGAUUAUCUCGACGGGGUGCAGAAGCUGCGUGUUGGUAUUCUGAAGGAGAAGUCCAGACGAGGGAAAGGAGGCAAAGGGAGAGGAGGUCGAGGGAAGGGCAGGAGGAGAAAGGGAGACAAAGAUAAAGAGGAAGUGCAGGAAAAGGAAGAGAAUGAUGGGAAAGUGGAGCGUAAAGGAAAAGGAAAAGGGAGGAAGAGCCGGAGUCGGAGAAGUGCGGAGCCAGACAAACCUUCAUUCAGGUGGACAAGGGUCAAGCAGACCCAGGUGCCUAAGGGCUGGUUCAAAGGUGUGGGUGACAGGCUGGCUGCGGAUUAUGACUACGCUGUUCUGGAGCUGAAGAAAGCCCCAAAAGUCAAGCACAUGGAUCUGGGUGUUAUCCCUUCACUCAAGAAGGUCCCUGCCGGGAGGAUCCACUUCUCCGGCUUUGACGAUGACCGGCCUGGCAACCUGGUGUACCGGUUCUGCUCCGUAUCUGAGGAGUCCAAUGAUUUGUUGUACCAAUACUGCGAUGCCAAGCCCGGCUCCAGCGGCUCAGGGGUCUACAUCCGCCUCAAAGAGCCUGGCAAGAAGAAGUGGAAGAGGAAGAUUAUCGGGAUUUUCUCCGGUCACCAGUGGGUGGAUGUAAAUGGGGAUGGGACGCAGCAGGAUUACAACGUGGCAGUGAGGAUAACGCCUCUCAAAUAUGCCCAGAUCUGCUACUGGGUCCACGGGGACUCAAGCGAGUGCCACGUAGCCUAAGGCAGUACAGGAUCCCCCCUUGACCACCUACCCUUGUCCUGUCCCUCCGACCCACCUCCAUCCAAUAUGCGACACCCUACCUACUCUUACCAACAAGUGUCAUGACCAACCAGGGGCCCGACGACUGCCUGUCAUCUUGCCACCUCCCUGUUACCUCCUGUGCCUCCCAGUGACUCUCACUACACUGAUCAAUAAGCACACAGCCACACACACACCCACACACACACACACACACACAAUCAACAAACAGCAAUACAGACUCAGUGUUGACAACAAAAAGAACUCGUCAGCACAUCAAGAGAACUGUUGCUCGUACGCUUUUCUAAUUUAUUUGCUUAAAAAAAAGAGAAAAAAAAUGUGUUGUAUGUAUUAACAGAUCAUUCAGAUCUACAGUUUUGCUUUCUAGUUUGACUUUUUUUUUUUUUUUUCAAAGAAUUGACCUUUUCAAAUACCAUUUUGGAAAGCUUGUAUAUUCAAAUAUUUGGGAGCAAAGCCCUGGUACAUUGAUCUUACAUCCCAGUCAGGCUUUGUAUGGAGGAACCAGCAUCUUCCCGAGUUCUCCACCACUGUAAAGAAGAGCGCGCGCAUCGGCUUUGACAAAAGACCCAGGAGAGAUUAAUGUAACUUUUGUUUUACAUAUUAUGAUAUUGAAGAUAACUGUUUUUAUAAACUUUUUAAGUGAGCGAACUGGUGUUUUGCAUUGUGUAUAUCUAGAACUUCUUUGUUUGUUUGUUUGUUUUUGUUUGUUUUUUACAGCUUCCUUUCUAAAAGAAAAAAAAGAAUAUUUUCUGUCUAAAUAGAGAAAGGGUCCUUAUGGAUCCUGGUUAGAAGACUUUUUCUGAUUUGACUCUCACAAUUUUUUCUCUGUUCUUGCAACACAGUGAAUGUGGUUUCAUUGUUGUGCACAUAAUUAUAUCGGUGCUUUUCCAGAAGACGUGGUGCUAAUUUAUGGAAUUGUAAACUUUUUUUUUCUUUAUAUUCUUCUCAGAAUAUAUUUUGAUAGCCUAGUACUGUAACUAUGUAUUUAAUGUGAGGCCACAUAUUUGGGGUGCGAUAAGAUGGGACCGAAACCAUUUAACAAUUUACUUGAGCUGUUGAGAUUUCUCUAAUUCUGUGGGUUAAAUGAGAUUACAAAAGCAAUAUUGUUAUAUAAUAACAAACUGAAAUCUGGGAUGUGAUAUUUUCGUGUUGUUCACGUUGUUCCAAAAACUGUAUACGAGAAUCAUUCUGAAUACCAAAUACCUGAAACUAAUGAUGCAGAUUGAAGACUACCAACCAUUAAACCAA